CAUUUCUCAACUACACGCGAACGACGAUGAUAUGGUGGGCAAUGGAAAUGCACCGGUUGUGGGUUGGGUUGACCGCACACCAACCGAUCUCCCACUUCCUCCCCUGCUAUUACCCCAUUCAUUCUGCUCCGUGCCUGGCGCCUUUUUGGACUCAGGUGAGGUGAAGUGGGUUUGAGCUGCUAGAAAUGCAGAGACAAGUGUUGGGAGGUGCUCCUUCGUGUCAGAAAGGGAUCGCGGACUAGCAGACAUCUCAAUUCUCGAUGAUUAUUUUUAUUUGGUGUAGUUCAAGUCCCGGCGUGAUAACUGGGGGAGCUUAUUAAAUAUCCCGAGCCAGCGAUUCUGACUUGCCGGCGUAGGAUUCGAUGUCCUUGUCGGUGGUGUGAAUGGCACGAGGUUCACACGUCAUUCCCAGUGCAUCAUCGUGAGUAAGUUUGAUGCGGUUCCUAGAGCAGUAGAGUAGCUGCCCCAGUGUCCGAAGGGGAGGAGGAGGAAGGAGGGGAUCCUAUAUUAACUGGGGGCAAGAGGGAGCGCAGGAAAGGGAGGGGGAGGGGGAAAGUGUCAGAGAAGAUUGAAGAAGAGAGCUAUCCGACGGCUGUCCGAGUGAUCAAUUGACUUGAUCCUUUUUUUUUUUCCCUUUCAACAACGAGGGAGACCGAGAUUAGGCCAUUCACUGCUGAGAAAGGAGAGGGUGGAAGAGAAUCUAAUUUACAGGAAAUAAACCUUCACUGACAGACACAAAGAACGCGUAUCAACCUUCCUAUUGAUUACGAAUGAUACGAAGAUACGAGUACAGUUGAUCCGAGUCCCGGAAUACAAGAUUGAACUCUUUCUUUUUUCACCCAGGCAGGAAACCUUGGUUUCUAGAUCUUAUCGUACCGCAAAGCCACUGAAAUCAUCACCAGAACCGAACACUCUCUAUAUCUACAACGGGAUUAGUGGGGCAAAGUCUGAUAGUGCCCGUCCCUUCCCCGAAAAACUUUAUAUUAGAUCUGAUUAUUUUUCUUCCAAUUCCUCUUUUACCCCUCAUCCCCGCCUUUUCUAUCAUUCGAGUCCCCCAUCCCCGGUCAUUUGCCCAUCCCUUCCAUCCUCAACUAAGCCCUUAUUUACGCCUUCUCACGCUUAUUAUCAGCUGGGUCCGCCUUUGAAAGUUGUGCUCUAGUUGAACUGUUUCCCACGACCAACGAGGGAAUCCCUUCUUCCCACCAAACUUUCCCUACCCGCCACCGUUGAAUGUCAAGAGCCGCAAAUCCCGGCCCACGCAACGUCAUAGACAGUGAGAUGACAGACCCAAGUCAAGAACCCGCACCAAAUACCACACCGCCGAAGGAGCUGGUUGUGGUGAACGCCACUGGCCGGCAAGCCUCUAGCGUUGUCCGGGUAGCCUCUGCUGUUGGUUACAAAGUGCGUGCGCAGCUUAGGUCUCUGAAAAAGGACCUUCAACUAUCAGCCGAACUCAAGAUUCUCCCAAAUGUAACAUUGCUGGAAGGUUCCCUUGACGAUCAAACAUUCGUGGACAAGCUAUUCGCCGGUGCACAGUAUGCCUUUGUCAACACUACGCCAUACGCAUGGACGGACGAGGUUGCAACUGGAAAAUCACUUGCUCUGGCUGCGCUCAAGGCCGGCAUAAGACACUACAUAUUCUCGUCACUAACAGACCACUCGACACAUGAUCCCCCGCAGGACCCACUACCCCUCUGGGCUACCAAAUUCACGGUUGAGCAGUACAUUCGCCAGCUGGGGUUGCCGGCUACCUUCGUUUAUGUGGGCAGUUAUCAUAACAAUUUCUCAUCGAGACCCUAUCCCCUGUGGCAGCUGACUCCUCGAGCGGAUGGGAGCUUUGUAUGGAAGGCGCCGUUUCCGCCGGAUUACCCUAUCCCAUUCAUCGACACGGAGCACGACCUCGGGGCGGCGGUGAUCCAGAUUUUCAAGGAUGGGGUGAAGCGGUGGGGCGGACAGAGAAUUCCCCUUGCUUUUGAAGUCCUCACGCCGUUGCAAGUUUGCAGUGCCUUCUCUAGAGGUCUAGGAAGGCCUGUAAACUACCAGCCCCACCCCCUGGAAAUCCGUAUCCCCAUCCCGUCUGGGUAUCGGGAUCAAUUGGAGGGGAUCGUGAAGGUUCUGUGCGAGCGGCGUGCUCCUUACUUCAGGCCAGAGAUGGAGGGCUCUGCAACAGAUAUUUCUCGAGCUCUUUGGCCCGGCUGGAGAGGCAUGGAGGAGUACGCACGGGAGGUCUGGCCAAUUGAGGAGAAGACCAAUGGUGCAUCCUGGAUUGCCAGCGGCGUUGCGACGCCGGCCAGUGAAAUGGACGGAGACAAUUAGUUUCCUUCCAAUUUUCUUCCUUUUCCAUCACCAUUUUCAUUCUUGUGGGAUUUGCUCUUCUUUUUUCCCCCCUCGUUCCUAUGAUUUCCCUUUUGUUCCCUUUUGUUCCCUUUUCCUCUCCUUCUCGCUUCCGGUCGUUGUGCGUUCGGCUUUGUGCGUUUUACUCCACUCAUAGUUUUGAUUGGACAGCGGGACACGGUUAGCUGAAAAGUCGUCGCUUUUGCCCUCUGCUCUGCACUCUCUGGGUCUGUUCGUUUUCUUUCUUUGUUUUUCAUGCUACAUUUUUCUUCUUUCUUUUCAUCUUUUUCAUGUCUCCUUUACCAUCCGUUCGCCGGUCCCUCAGCGGAGGCGACAGAGAGGGAUGAGAAAGGGGGAGGGAGGAAAGGAAGGAAGGAAAGAAGGAAAGAAGGAAAGAAUGGAAGAAAGAGAAGGAAAGGAUUGUUUGUAAAUGCUUCUUCUUGGCCUAAAAAUAAAAUUACUUGAUUGGA